GCAUGAAACUUAACUUCACUGAGAAGGAGAAGCUGCUGAGCCGGAGGAUGAUGAAGUACUGGGCCAACUUUGCAAGACAUGGCAACCCCAACAGCGAGGGUCUACCCCACUGGCCCAUGUUGGACCAAGAUGAACAGUACCUGCAGCUGAACACACAGCCUGCUGUGGGACAAGCCCUGAAGGCCAAAAGGCUGCAGUUCUGGACCAAGACUCUGCCCCAGAAGAUUCAGGAGCUAAAGGGGUCUCAGGACAAGCACACAGAGUUUUAGUACCCUUUGUCAGGAAAGGUGUUUGGGGUUUAAAGUUGAUAGUGUUACAAAGACCAUUUAUUUAUUUUUAUUUGUUCCAACAUUUAUGUGAGCAUUUGUAACCUCAGUCUUUGAGAUUUCAUGUAUGAAAAACACUCUGCAUGCUAUUCCUUAUCAUUCUGGGCAAACUUUCAUUAAAUCCAAUAAAUUCUCAAAUAACAGUG